AUGGCUUUCCACCAGCCCACCCGACAGGCCACUCAAAGGGUCUUUCGACCUGCAUCGGAAGAUGAAGAAUCACAACAUAUUCCGCAACCAUCAUCCCAACCUGUAGAAGAUUCUCAGACUUGGGUUCUCUUCUCCCCCGCUACCGACGCCGGUACCUCGACCUCCUAUUUAACAUCGACUAAUAAAACCAAUACCACCCUAGGGCGAUCACGGCAAAGCGAGAUUGGAAGUCUUAAUACCAUUGCGCCAUCAGAUGCUAGUACUGGACAACAACAACAACAACAUUCUGCCAGCCUUGUUGAUGCGGCGGAUGAAGACGAAGACGAUGCCGAAUUAGAUAGUUUAGACAGUCACCUACCCGAAUUCCGUUCUAAUCCUAAUUUCUACGACCCCUCACAUAUUCUACCCCAUACAACACCAGUCGUCCCCGCUCAUGAUGGCCUUGGCUCGUUCCGGUUCGAGCAGGAAGGCAUCAGAGCAGAUCUACAGGAGCGACUCUAUGCCUUCGAACAAUAUAAUCCUCGUCGUGUACGAAGACGGGAGAGUUUAGACCUAGCCCAGAUCGAAUUAGAAGACGAGAAUGACCAGGAAAUGGAUAAAAUGCGUCGGAUAGAAGCUUGGAGAUUAGAACAAAGCCGGUACCUUUUAGAAGAGAUACAGAAAGAAACUCGCAGGAGACGACGAUCUGUCGCCAGCAUGGCAACUCCUAGCAAAGAAGAAGAGAAGGCCUCAGAAGUAGCAUCAAUGAGUGGAGUAGACGAUAUGUCAAAAGAUAGUGUAGACCAAUCUUGGCAUGAUCACGACGAUAACGAAUCCGAGACUGGUCGCGAGAGUGUUUGGGGACGUAUCACCCGAAAAGUUAUUCGCGAUCUAAUGGGAAUUGACGACAAAUUACUAGCGAUAUUAUUUGGCGAGGCAUUACCGGAUGAGGAAGACCUUUCUACAACUCCGAAGGCAUCAGCCAUGUCCAUAUCGCAGCAAUCUAUGGAUGUCACCAUGGAAAAUACUACCGAUUCAGGAUGGCAAUUAAAGAUGCUGGAGAGGGUAGCUAAAGAGCUGGGCUCACUUAUCCACCGGCUUUCUGAGCAUCCCGGAGCCUUCUCAACUUUCAGUCGAGUACAGCAAAUGCCUAUUCCAUAUGCUGGCUUGCCUCCUAUACCAGAGGGCACGAACGACACCACAGUUAGUGCUAAAACGGAUGGACCUUCCGUCACGAUACCUGAGUUUCAGCCGACGAUAAAACCGCGGUCGCAACCAAUUGAUGUGCCCCACGUUACACAUCCGCUAAAUUCUGGUCAAGGCAAUUCCCAAGCGCCAUUGGAGGCUUCUGGCAAUGCUUUCACUCAAGAUGAGUGGGAGCAAGAACUUGAUGUUAGGCUCGUGUUCCGGUAUCUUCGGUCGCGUUUUAUGUCACGGCCGAGUAGUAGUGGCGGGGUCAUUGGGAAUUCUGGUCUUGGCUCGUCAAGCACACAAGAUAUAGCUGCUAAGGCUGCACGAGUGCGUCAGCACCAUCCUCUAAUAUCGAGGCCGCGCACCGCAGAGAGACGAAAAUCCAAGGCAACCGUUCCAUCAAGUCCCGUGUUAUUUAAGCAUGCGUCGAGUUGCGCUAGUCAAAGCACGCGAAGAUCGGUCAGAAGGAGCAGUUGCUCAUCAUCUCGACAUUAUUGGGACAUCGGCGGUUCAGUCGGUACCGGAUCAUUGAUCGCCACAACAGGACCUAUGGGAAGCUGGGGCGAGGUUUAA